AUGGCCGCAGAGGACUUGUCGGAGGGCGGCAUGGCCGAAAUCAUCCAGGCCCUGCAAGUCAUCCACAAUCCUGCAUCAUCAAACGACAUUCGACAGAACGCCUCGCGGUUUGUGGAAGAUUUGAAGGAGACUGAAGGCGCUGCGCGCAAUGGCUUCCUUCUUGCUUCGCGACUGGAGCAUGAGCCCGUGGUUCGUUACUUUGGCCUCACUCUGCUAGACCAUGUGCUGCGCAAGCUUUCAUUUUCUUCCCCCGAAGAGGCUGCCAGUAUUCGAUCUAUGGUCCUACAGCUCGCCGAGAAUGUUCGACACGAAGACCCGUCCUACUACCGCAACAAGAUCCCUCAGUUAUGGUCCGAAGCCGCGAAAAAGAGCUGGGGGCUGGAUUGGAACGACAUGGACGCCACACUGGUUCAAUUCUGGGGGGCAUCUCUUGUACACAAGGAGCUGGUGCUGGCCGUGCUUGAGACUCUCUCCGAGGACAUUUUCUUCCGCGAAGAUGUCGUCUCGGCUAUCCGAGGCAGCGAGCUUAACCGUGCGCUUAUUGAGAUCUUUACACCCGGCAGCAUUCUCGAAGCAAUCACAUCCACAGAAAAAAACAACACCGCUGUUCAGCGCUGCGGCCGAGAAGGUUGGUUGGUCCGUGUGAGCAUGUUCCUCAACGAAUGUAUUGAAAGCGUCUCCGGCUCCGAGCAAGCCCGAGACGCAGCUUUGAAAGCCCUGGCAACACUGAAGUCAGCCCUCUCAUGGUCUGUGUACCCUGCUGUCAUUGCUUCUUCGGCUAUUUUCAGCAUUUUCAGAGCGUUGUCUUGUCAAGAUGAGCAAGUGCUUCUUGCUGCAAUCGAGGCCCUUCACGCCUUUUACGGCAGGAAUACCAUUGGCUGCGAGGAAUCCCAUGACCUUGUCUGCCUGAUCUUUGAACAAGACUACCUUGUCGCUUUACAGAGGCUCUACGAGUGGUCAAUUGUGGGCCCAGAUGAUGUUGAUGACCCCAGAUACCUGGUCUCUAAAAAGGUCUCCGAGAUGGUUUCCUACAUCGCUGGGUGUUUGGACGAUGACCGGUUCCUGCGUGAUACGAUGAACCGCUUGGACCUUCCGCCUUUCUUCAACUUUAUGGUCAAUAUCAUGCAACACCAGAGCUUGACUGUUUCUAUCCCCUGUUUACAUCUUUGGUCCAAAUUAUUACAGAUCUCGAAGAUUCACAGGAUGGAUUUCGUUGCACAACAAACACCCCAAUUCCUCAACAUCUGCACAGAGCGGCUUCUCCGCUGGGAAUCCCUCUCGACCGAUUCCGAUAAUCCAACAGUGCAGUUCCUAUUCGAGGAUAUUGACACAGCCCCCGAACGACACGCUUUUGUCGGCAACUACCGUCGAUACUGCUCCUCAAUCAUAGAAACCAUUACUUUGAAGAGACCCCAGGAAGCAAUUCGCGAAAUUCUUGCCCGGGUGGACAACAACCUGGACAACCUGUACAACGGAGUCCAACCUUUUAGCAUGGGAACAUUCAGCAAAUCAUCAAUCCCCCUGAUGAGAGCGGAUUCUCAAUUUGCAGUGGUUGAGGCCGUUAUCAAGGGUUACAACAAAUGGAUUUCGGCACAUGGAAAAGCACCACAAAACGAUGAAACGAAGCGUAUCGAAUUAGAACAAGCUGUUGAAAGCUGGGGCUCAACUUUGAUGACAAGGACCUACGAGGACCCGAUCAUCAAGCAAAGAGUCAUCAAACUGAUUGUCGAUAUUUCCUCGAAAGCCUUGGACAAAAACCCAGGAUUCGCACUCAAAGUUCUGGAGCACAUUCUCAUGACACGUCUACCUGACCACCCUGAAUACCCAAUGUAUUCUGAGGCAGUCAAAGAGCUCCAUGGGCUUGCGAGUCAUGAGCUUCGUCGUUUGGCCAUGCGCUAUGCCGAUAACUUCUCUGGUUUCUACCACGUCAUUGAACCGAAGAUCAAGGAAAUUACAAUGACCAACAGUGUGGACGACAAGUUGCAGAUGGAACUCACUUCGGUCCUAUUAAUCAUCACGCAACGUGCGAUCAAGAUUGACCCUGCUCUGCAAAAGAGCCGUUUGGAAUUUUUCCUCGAACCAGUCAAGAUUGCCUGGCAAGAUGAACAAUUCCGCCAAGGGAGCUCUUCUUUCCAAGGGUUCUGCGAGAUGCUUGGAUUGGAAACUGUUGGCCAAUACAUGCAAACCAAACAAGCGCAGAAAAUGCCUGACUGGACAGAGAUCGAGUUAGAUCAUCAAGGGAAGCUUGUCCAAGAAGAAAUGACCCGAAAGUUUCAGCUCCUGCCGCUGCGUGGUACAAAAACCAUGUUGGCUGUUUCCACAGAUCGACUGAGCAAGGACACACAAGCGUAUGGAAUCGCCCAGGAGAUUUGGUGCGACACCGUCAGAAUGAUUCUUCCGACUUUGUUGCAGCUCGUCCGCAACGCCCAUGCCUUCCACAAUCCCGCUAACUGGAAUAUGAUGGAUGGCAUGCAACCCGUCGUUGAACGGAUCUUGACAGAUCGGUUCUGGCAGGCCGGUAUUUCAACCGGUAGUCGUGACGACUUCUAUGCUAGAAUCACUUCGUCAAAGUCCACCCUUGAAGGGUUUUCGUCGUCGGUUCGAGGGAAAGUUAGAGCUGUCCGCGAGGCAUGCUAUUCCAUGUUGUUCAGCAUGAGCCGAUUAGGCGUCAUUUUCUAUGGAUUUGAAGAGCUUCCUGGUCCCCUCGCCGAAGCAUUGUUCGUUGACUCGCCUCACCUCUCCUCUCACCAGUUCUCUGUUCUUCUCAAUAUCUCGCGCUGUUUGAUUGAUGACUGCCCUGUGGUUUUCCGUGCCAAUUUCUUGCCGCCCAUGCUGUCGACUCUGUUCACCAACAUUGACCGCAAGAUCACCACGGAAUGGGAAUUCAUUGAGCAACGCCGAGAUGGCGGACCAGAUGGAGAUCUCACUACUGAGAUGAAGUCUGAAAGUGUUCUUCGACAAUUGACUUAUUCUGCAGUGAUCAUGGUUGCCAGCCUGUUUGAUCCACAGAGAGGUGAUCCAGAUAGAAUCGAAUCAGACCCUAGUGCAGCUCAACCAACGCCAGCACUCUCUGAUUCAAUCCGCCACUUUGUUUUAUCCUCCCCCCAGAUUUUCGAGCCAGUGAUGCUCUUCUGCACCCAUGCUCUUCGAAUGCGUGAUACCCGCUGUUGCAGUAUUAUCACACGCGUUAUCCGUUCAAUUUUGCAGGAUUUCGCCCCUAAUCCUGCAACUGAAGACACUCAAACCACUCGUACCAUCCGCGAGUUCAUCUGCUCUGAUGUUCUGAAAGCCUGCAUCACAUCCGUACAUGAAUCCUAUUUUGUCGAUAUGCAAAAGGACUUUGCUCAAUUGAUUGCAUCUAUCUGGAUUCUCUACGGUAACUGCAGCCCAACGCCCAAUGCUAUUUUCCUGAGUUUGCCCGGAAUCACUCCGGAAAAGAUCGCCCGAACCGAAGGCCAUCUCCGCCGCUGCACUUCCCCACGCCAGCAAAGGGCGUGGGUUCUCGAUUUCCUGGAAUCCGUCCGAGGUGUCAGUGUCUCUGCGCAAGGCAUGUUCCUCGGUUCUCGCGAGGAUCGCCGAAAAGCGCGCUCUGCGCUGCAAGAGAGAUACAUGACCACUGAGAUGGAUGCCCAGGAUCAAAGUCAUCGCGUCGAUAUUAACGACGGUCCCGAUCUGGGUGGUGUGGCUGAUCUUUUUGGUUAA